AUGCUAGUUUUUUCUUCUUCAUCUCUCUCUCUCUCUCCCCCUCUCUCUCUUUUUUUUUCUUCUCCAUUAAAAAAAUUCCUCAUAAGGAGUUGUUUGGUUGCAUCAAAUGAUUUGAAAAGAAGAGUCAAAUCAAAUCAAAAGAAGUUUUAUCUAUCUAUCUAUCUUGAUCUAUUCAUAAUCACAGUUAAGGUGGAAGAAUUUUCUUGAGUGACAGAAUUCAAAACAUAGAUCAUAUGUAACAGAGAUAUAGAUGAAUAAGAAGCACGUGUACACACUUCAAUUUACAUCACAAUCUGCAGAUUGAAGUAACAAAGGAAAAUAAAUUAUUUAUAUUUUGUAAUUUUACACAAAAAUAAAUAAAAAAUCGAUGGCUACAUACUUUCAUAAUAAUUCAGAAAUUCAAGGUGGUUCUACCGACGGACUACAAACACUGAUAUUUAUGAACCCGUCGGGAUACAUCAAUUACUCCGACGCGCCGCCGCAACAGCAGCAACAGAAUCUGAUUUUUCUCAAUUCAGCCGCCGCGCUCACCGGAAACACUUCACUCCAGCAACAGAACCUAUCUCAGCCGCCACCACAAUUCGUCGGUGUUCCACUCUCGGCGGAACACUCUGUACACGCCCAUCAUGAUGUCUCGGCCCUGCAUGGCUUCCCUCCGCGCAUGCAGUACAACAUGUGGAACGCAGCUGACCCGAAUUCCACGGCGCGUGAAGGCACACGCGCUACUCAGGGACUGUCUUUAAGCUUACACGCACAAGGUUCCGGCGAGGACGGCCGUGUUUCGAAUGGUGGACAGUGUUCCUCUGUCUCUGGUGGGGUUUCCGGGAUUCAGAGUGUGUUGUUGAGUUCUAAGUAUUUGAAGGCUACACAGGAGUUACUUGACGAGGUUGUUAAUGUUAAUGGUGGGAUUAAGGUUGAGAGUGCUAAGAAGAGUUUUGAGAAGAAUAAGGUUGUUGGAGAAUCUUCAACUGCGGUUAGUGGUGAUGGUGGUUCUGUUGGUGGUGGUGGUGAUGGAAAUGGAAAACGUAGCUCUGAGUUAUCAACUACUGAGAGACAAGAAAUUCAGAUGAAGAAAGCAAAGUUAAUUAACAUGCUUGAUGAAGUGGAACAAAGAUACAGACAAUACCACAACCAAAUGCAGAUGGUGAUAUCCUCAUUUGAGCAAGUAGCAGGGAUUGGUUCUGCAAGAACAUACACUGCACUUGCACUUCAAACGAUUUCGAAGCAAUUUCGGUGCUUAAAAGAUGCAAUCACAGGCCAAAUUAGAGCAGCAAAUAAGAGCUUAGGAGAAGAUGAUAGUUUUGGUGGCAAAAUUGAAGGGUCAAGACUCAAAUAUGUUGAUCAUCAUUUGAGACAGCAAAGAGCUAUUCAACAAUUGGGUAUGAUUCAUCAUAAUGCUUGGAGACCUCAAAGAGGAUUGCCUGAAAGAUCGGUUUCGGUUCUUCGUGCGUGGCUUUUUGAGCACUUCCUUCACCCUUAUCCAAAGGAUUCAGACAAACAUAUGCUUGCAAAACAAACCGGACUUACUAGGAGCCAGGUAUCGAAUUGGUUCAUAAAUGCGCGAGUUCGUCUUUGGAAACCAAUGGUGGAAGAAAUGUACACCGAAGAGAUGAAGGAUCAAGAGGCAAAUGGUUCUGAGGAAAACAAAUCAAGCAAGAAUACCGAUGAAGAUCCUUCGAUGAAAACAACAACUCCACAAGAAAGAGUUCCAACUUCAGAAACAGAAUCCAAAAGUUUCAAUUCCAAACAAGACCUUUCUGUAGUUCCGGUUUCAGCACAAUCAACAUCACCAAUUGGUGUCAAUGUUAGAAACAAUUCAGGAUUCAGCUUCACCGAACUCGAUGGAAUAACUCAAGCAAGUCCAAAAAGAACAAGGAACCAUGAGAUUCUUCAUUCUCCGAAUCAAAUGAAAUCUAACGAGACAGAAAAUAAUGAACAAAUUUCGAUGAAAUUUGGUGGUGACAGACAAAGUAGAGAUGGUUAUUGUUUCAUGGGAAACCAAACUAAUUUCAUCGCCGGAUUUGGUCAAUACCCUAUGGAGGAAAUCGGAAGAUUCGACGCAGAAGAAUUCGCGCCGAGGUUUUCAGGUAAUAAUGGCGUUUCACUCACUCUUGGUUUGCCUCAUUGUGACACAUUAUCAGGAACACAUCAAAGUUUUAUACCAAACCAAAACAUUCAACUAGGAAGAAGGUUGGAAAUGAAUGAAACAAAUGAGUUUGGUGCUAUAAACAAUUCAAAUUCUCAUUCUUCAGCUGCAUUUGAGAGCAUCAACAUGCAGAAUCCAAAGAGGUUCGCUGCACAAUUGCUGCCCGAUUUCGUGGCCUAAAUAAGACAUCGAAAGGUGUCACGCAGUUUUUGAUCUCGGCCAUUUGAUCAAAAUCAAUGGCCGAGAAUGUGUAAUCUUAUUCAUGUGAUCUCUAAUCGAUGACCGAGACCGUUUACAACGCGUAAAUGUGUACUUCUGUACCUGCGAGGAAUCUCGAUCCAUGACGUCGAUUCUUGUUUUCUGUUGAUUUCUUGAAAUCUAUGUGUUUUUACUUUGGGGUAGAAGUGAAGUGUUAUAGUGUAUAAAGAAAGGAGGGAUUUUAUUAUUCUAGUAUAGGUUUAUACCCUGCAUUGCAUAGAACCAUUUGAGUUCUUAGAUGGCAUAGGGAUUUGAAAGUAUAUGGUUGAGGUUGUAUAUUAUUUUUGUAAGUUUUGAAGAUGGGAUAGAUGGGUUUAUAUAUUAUAUAGUUUCAAUUGGUAAAGAUGACAAUAUAUCUUCGAUUGUUUUAUGAUUUUUUUUGUUGCACUUA